AUGAUAAGUAUACGAAGGGUCCAACCUAUAUCAUUCUUAUCUAGGAGUACACUUCUAGUAAGGCCAUCUGCAACCAGCAUAUUCAAAUAUUCAACCACUGCCGUACCACCUAGGAAAUCAUAUAAGGCAAACACCACUGGUUUAAAGUUAUUCUGGAACAGUACCAUUCCUGUCAAUGUCAAGUAUUUCGGAGUGAUAGGAAUAUCAGCAUAUAGUUUCAUUCAUGUUCAUCCUGAUAUUUUGAUAACUGUAUUACCACCAUUAUUCAUUGGAUCAUAUUUGGGGUAUAAGUAUUAUUAUAAGAAAGUUGCUCAAACUGAGAUCAAUAAGGUAUUAAGGACUUAUAAUAAAGAGGGAGAGAGAUUAACGAAUGGGGAUAAGAUACAAGUAAAAAAAUAUGAUGAGAGUGAUGUUUGGAAUGUGUUACACGGGAUAGAAAAUGAAUUUGAUCACUUUAAAAUCCAAUUGAUUGAUGUUAUAGAACAACGAAUUUUAAAUUAUAUCAUAAAGAGUAAAGAUGAAGGUCAUGAUCAAUACAUGAUAAGGAAGUUAUUUAUAGAUCAAGAGAAUGAUGAUCAAUUCCUGAUUAAUAUCCAUGAGAAUGAGGUUGAAACUUGGAUAAUGACAAAGAUUUCAAUUGAUCCUAAUGCUGAUCCAUAUGAUGAUAAGAUUGAAUUUAUUAAAUUUUCAUUACCAUUUUAUUCCAGUAAAGAUAAAACCAUAAGACAAAGAUUAGGUACGAUUGAAACUUAUUUAUUAGAAGUUCCAACUGAUGAAGUUAAUGAGUUUAAAGAGUAUAAAAUAGGGAUUGAAAUCACUCCUUAUGGAUUCCUUUCCACCAAAGAAACCAUCUUCAUAUCAUCUAUAGAUAAUGAAGGUAUCACCAAAAGUAAAAUCUUAUCCCAAGGACAAAAGACAACAGAAGACGAAGAGGAAAUAACAUUGUAA